GUUUCUUCGGAUAGUGAUUAACUUUCGAAUUUUUAGUUUUCAGAAAAAUUUACUUAGAUUUUUAUGUGUGCUACUUGUGAAAAUUGCAUUGACUUUUUUUCUUUUUCUUUUUUUUUGUGUCCAAUUUCAAUUGUCAUAAUAUUGAUUUUUUCAAUUUCAAUUGUCAUAAUCUUGCAUUGACGUUUGACGCUAUAAAUUUUUUCUUUGAUUUGAAGGUACCCAAAUAAUGUUUACACACAGCAACCUUUUAGAACAAUUCUUGUAUUUUUCUAUGUCUACUCUUGUGCGCGUUUUUCCUAUGCAUUUGUGGAUAUUCUUUUUGACUCUUGUUUUGCAUAUGUUUUCUUAUAUUUCUUAUAUAUAUCUUAUAUUUCUGACUCGGUUAUCUAUAUUCUAUUAUUUUUUCAUAUUUUCUAUUUGCGUUUGUUGGUGCUUAUAAUUCACUACAAUUCAAUUUUAUUAGUUUUGUAUGCUCUCAUUAAACUUGCAACUUCAUUGGAUAGUUUGAUAUUCACUGUAAAAUAAUUUGCAUGGCCAUUAACUCUGAUGUGUGAUAAAUUAACACAGUUUAUUUAGUAAAUGACCAAUGAACAAACUUAUAACUUUUGACUAGGUAUGUCAGGUUCUUAUGUUAUAUCAGUUUUCUGGAUAAUGUUUGUUUCUGAACACUUGACGAUUGGAAUAGUAUACACACCAAAAUCCAUAAUGGAUGUUUUCAUAUUGUAUUUUAUAUAUUUGAAGAUCAUAUAUUCUUUUUUUCAUGAGAGCGUGUUUUUAUUCUGAAUCUUUGUUAAUUGGUGAAUCUUUUGAAAAAAUUCUUAUUAUAUAAUUUAUUACUAGCAUGAGUAAUUAAUAUUGCUUUUAGUUAAUCUAUCUCUUUUCUGUGUCUUUAUAUACGAAUGCAAAGUUGUAAAUAUUACGGUAUUAUUACAAUUAACUUCUGCUUAUAGUCCAAUUUCAAUGAUUUUCUUCAAAGAAUCAAAUGGAUUUGGCUGCCGCUGGUGAUGUUUGUUGGAACUGUCAUGCAAUACAGAAAAAUACAAUGAAAAAUAAUAAAAAACCAAAAAAGUUUGAAGAAAAUUCUAAAAACAAAAAUGAAAAGAAUGAAACACCACAUCUGUUUAUUGAAGAACAUGAAAAGCCAUCCAUAUUUAUUGCAAUGUUAUCUCAUAUCAGCUACGGCAUCAUGACAUUAUUUGGGUUUCUUCGAGAUUUUAUGAGAAAGCAUGGAUUGGAAAAAACUAUUGGUGCCAUGGAGAGUAAUGAUAUGAAGGACUUCGUUCCACUCUAUGCAAGCUUUGAGAGUUUUUAUACCAGAAAUAUUUAUAUCAGAAUGAGAGAUUGUAUGAGUAGACCCAUAUGCAGUGUUCCUGGUGCUACGAUUAACAUUGCUAAAAGAACUUAUCGAAACUCAGGAUGGAAUAUUGAUCUUACAGGAGAGAUUCAGAAAGAUGUCGUCAAUCUUGGUUCAUAUAAUUAUCUUGGAUUUGCUGAAAAUACAGGAGCAUGUUCUGAAGAUGCAAUUGAAAGCAUUAGGAAAUAUGGUGCUGGUGUUUGCAGCUCAAGAAAAGAAGUAGGAAAUCUUGUUCUCCAUGAGGAACUUGAAGAAGUUGUCGCAAAUUAUCUUGGAGUUGAAUCCUGUCUUGCAUUCGGAAUGGGUUUCGCUACAAAUUCAAUGAAUAUUCCUUGUCUUGUUGACAAAGGUUGUUUAAUUCUCAGUGAUGAAUUGAAUCAUGCUUCAUUAGUAUUGGGUUGCAGACUUUCUGGAGCAACUAUAAAUGUGUUUAAACAUAACAACAUGGAAGAUUUAGAAAUGAAAUUGAGAAGUGCAAUAGUAGUUGGACAGCCUCGUAAACACAUACCAUGGAGGAAAAUAUUGAUCAUAGUCGAAGGAAUUUAUAGCAUGGAAGGUUCUAUAAUCAAUCUACCAGGAGUCGUUGAAUUAAAAAAAAAAUACAAAGCAUAUGUUUACUUGGACGAAGCACACAGUAUCGGAGCAAUAGGAAAGAGUGGUCGAGGUGUUACCGAAUAUUAUGGUGUUGAUCCAAAUGAUGUUGAUAUUAUGAUGGGAACUUUUACCAAGAGUUUUGGAGCGGCUGGUGGCUAUAUUGGAGGAAGAAAUACAAUCAUAGAACAUCUGAAAAGUCAUUCUCAUUCAGCUUGUUAUGCGUCAUCUAUGGCACCUCCAGUGGCUCAGCAGAUCAUAUCUUGUUUAUUGAAAAUGGAUGACCCAAACAAUGGACACAAAAGGAUUCUAAGACUAGAUCAGAAUUCAAAAUUGUUUCGGGAAGGACUCAAAGAACGUGGAUUCAUAGUUUGUGGAAACAAUGACUCUCCAGUUGUUCCAAUGAUGGUUUAUAUGCCAGCUAAGCUGAGUCCAUUCAGUCGUGAGAUGUUGGACAGGGGGUUUGCUAUAGUCGUUGCUGGGUUUCCUGCCGUUCUCACUGAGUCGAGAGUCAGAUUUUGCAUCUCUGCUGCUCAUACUGAGAAACAAAUCCGAGAGGCUUUAGAUGCCAUUGAUGAAAUUGGUGAUGGGCUUGGAUUGAAGUAUUCAAAAAAUAAGCUUGCAAGAAAAAUGGUAACAGUUGAGAAACUGAGGAUUUGUUAAAGUGACGAAAAUUUGUUCCUUUUUCACCUAUUUAUUGCAUGAAUGUUUUCUGCCAUGUCUUGCUUUUUAGUAUAUAACCUCUCGUCUUCAAUACUGCAUUAUUUCACUGUUUAUUUGUUAUCCUUUUGGUGGUAAUAUUCAAGUAGGUUUGAUAAUAUAUUGUUGUUGUUUCCAUA